UUUUUCAUCCUCUCAAUCUCUCUCUUUCUUUCUCUCCCCCACAUAAUAUAUAUCGGAGAUAAAACGAUGCAUGCGUGCUUUUGUUACUUGAAGGGGUGGAUGUCCAGACUGGAUGAACAUGGCAAGUGGAGGAAACACUGGUUUGUUCUGGGUGACACUUUGCUGAGAUACUACACAGACCCGGACGCUGAGGAGCCAGACGAUCUGGACGGAUGGAUCGACCUUACAUCCUGUGUGAAUGUUUCGGACUGUGACGUAGAGAAGAACUAUGGACUCCAAAUACAAACAAAGAGAGCAGUGUUCACUCUCUCUGCUAUGACCUCCAGAAUACGGCGGAACUGGGUGAAAUUACUAAAGCAGGCGAUCCAGAACAACACGCACCAAUCAGACACUGGCAGCAAGAAAGCGAACCCCCUGUCCCGUAGACCGUCGUCAUGCCAACCCCCCACUCGGGUCACCUGCGAGGACUCCAGCUAUGAACCUACAACUUCCAGCUCCACCACCACAGCUGCAAACUCCCAUCGGGCCGACCACCACCGGCACCAAACUGUAGACGGGCAUCCGGACGCAGACUUGUCUCCAGCAAGUCAGAGGGAAGACGGGGAGGGCUGGGACCGCGAGCAAGCGAAGCGAUUGGAGGAGAGGAACAAGUGGUUUGAGGAGGGGGUCUCCUUCAGUGAGAUGGGCAGCAAGUGGGACUCCAUGGAGCUGAAAAAAGGGAGUGUAACUGUGCCUGUUAUUCAAACCAUGGACUCAGAGGUCAACAGGAAGUGGGCAGAGUUCGAGACGCUGUCAUUUAGGGACAUGAGUGCGCAGUCUCUCAUUGGAGCCCAGGCUUGUCAGUCAAGCACCCCACAGGCAUCACAGUCUAUAGUUAGCCCCCAGACUUAUAAGUUGAGCCCUGAGGAGGCUGAACUCUCUGUCACUGGUUCACAGAUUGAUUUAACAAGUUCAAAGGGGGCUCUUCCAUCUUUAAAUUGUGUCCAAACCAGUCAAACAAAUACAGCUGAAAGUCUUCAAAAGGAGGCCCUCUCUCUUCGAAAGCAAGUGGAAAGCAUCAAGAGAGAGCGUGCAGCCAUGGGGAUGGAGGUGGACAGCCCCUGUGGCCCCGGGGCCCCCUGUAAGGCCAGACUGGAAGCCAUGGAGGCAGCCCAUCGUAAAGCACAGCAGGAGCUGCAGGAGAAACACGAGAGGGAGAUCAGGGAGCUGGAGGAGCAGAGAGACAAAGUGCUUCAGGAGGAGAGCCAGGCAGCUGCUAAAGCUAUGGAGGCACUGAGAGCAGCUCACAGGGAAGAGCUGGAGAUGGAGGUGGAAAAGGCCAGGAGGUUCUCUGGAGGAGCUGCACGUAUGGAUACUUCAUACAGAGAUCACGUGCCUGAGGCGGACAUCUUGCACAGUGAGUUAGAUGUGCUGUCAGAACGCUACUCUGAGAAGUGCCUCGAGCUGAGCCGCAUUGAGCAGAGCAGCAAGAGCCGAGAGACUGAGCUCGGCCGCAAGGAGAGAGAGCUGGAGCAGCUCCGAAGAGAGAACCAGGAGCUUAAGGCCAAACUGGCGGAGGAGAUCAGCCGCAUGCGUUAUUUCAUCACAGGGCAGAGGUCGGACAUGGUGUCUCUUGGCAGCACUGAGCGCAAUGUGUCAGAAGUAGAGAUGCUGCUAAGAGCAAAAGAAUAUGAGGUGCAGUAUCUUAAAAAAGAAAUCAGCUGUCUGCAGAAUGAAGUGCAGUCUCUUAGCGAGGAGAAAGAAGGCGCUUAUGAGCGUUAUAAGGGGGCCUAUGUAGAGCUGAGUGACAUGAAGGGUCGUAGCCAGCUGGAGAUGGGCUCCCUCAACGAACACUUGAGACUGGCCAACGCUGCACUUCAGGAGGGAGCAAGACAGACCUGACCAAUGCGGACAACUAUUCUAGAUUUACUUGGAAAAAUCAAAUACAACAAGCCCAUAUAAAACAUAGCAAAAUUAAACAACAACAUCAUUGCAUUACGGUAAAAAUGUGUUGUUAUGACUGGAUAUGACCUAGAAGAGACAGAAUAAGAAUUGUGGAAACUAUUGUGUACAUGAAAACUAUCAUGCAAAGACUGUU